GGUGGUGUGUAUCAUUCCUCUUCUGCACUCCUCGAUCCGGUGCGAAGUUGUAACGGCCAAGUCUUUUCAGGCCAUUUGCGCUUACGAGCGGACCGACAAGAUCGGCCUAUGUUUUCUAUGAGCCGCCGCGAUGACCGAAUCUUCACCAACGGACUUGUCUUCGGACCCCCAAGUGGUGCGGCUGCUCGACGGAUUCACUGACAUCUUCAAGUCUCCUACCGUUGUGGUGCCGGAUCGGCCGAUCUCCCACGAGAUCAUUCUCGAGGCCGGUGUUGUGCCACCGAAAGGAUGCAUCUAUCGCAUGAGCGAGGAAGAGCUCGAGGUUCUUCACGCUCAACUCGACGAUCUUUUGGACAAGGGCUGGAUCCGCCCUAGCAGCUCACCAUAUGGUGCGCGAGUUCUCUUCGUACGGAAGAAGAACAAGGAUCUCCGCUUGUGCAUCGACUACCACAAGCUCAACGCACAAACCGUCAAGAAUGCGGGACCCCUUCCGCGAAUUGACGACCUUCUCGAGCGUUUGGGCGGGGCAAUUUUUUUUUCAAAAUUGGACUUGAAGUCGGGCUACCAUCAAAUCUCGAUACGCCCGCAAGAUCGCUACAAAUCCGCGUUCAAGACGUGGUACGGACACAUUGAGUGGAUCGUUAUGCCGUUUGGUCUCACCAAUGCCCCGACGACCUUUCAAACGGCAAUGACCAACGCGUUCCGUGCGAUGCUGGACCGGUUUGUACUAGUCCACUUAGACGACAUCCUCGUCUAUAGCCGAACAUUGGAGGAUCAUCUUGAGCACCUUCGACGAGUAUUGGAGACAUUCUGCCGCGUCAAGUACAAAGCCAACCGCGACAAGUGCAAAUUUGUCUCGCAAGAGCUGGAAUACUUGGGCCAUUUUGUCACAUCAGAGGGCAUCAGUCCGUUGUCGAACAAGAUUCAAUCCAUCCAAGAGUGGUCGGAGCCGAAGACCGUCAAAAACGUCCGCUCCUUCCUUGGCUUGGCUAGCUACUAUCAACGCUUCAUCAAGGGAUUUUCGAAGAUCACGGCUCCUUUAUCCAAGCUUCAAUGUGAGGACCGGCCAUUCGACUUCGACGACCAUGCGCGGACUUCACUUUUGGCUCUCAAAGCCGCAUUGCUAUCCGCGGAGGUGUUGCGCAUCUACGAUCCGCUUUUGCCUACACGCGUCACUACCGAUGCGUCCGGCUAUGGCAUUGGUGCUGUCUGCGAGCAACAUGACGGUGUGGACUGGCACCCGAUCGAGUACUUUAGCAAGAAAGUACCCGUUGUGCACUCGAUUGACGAUGCACGGAAGAAGGAGUUAUUGACCUUCGUACACGCGCUCAAGCGCUGGCGACAUUUUCUUCUUGGUCGACAGCAUUUCCGAUGGGUAACGGAUAACAAUCCAUUGGUCUUCUACAAGACCCAAGACAUGGUCAAUAGCACCAUUGCCUGUUGGAUGACCUUCAUCGACCAGUUUGACUUUUUCCCCGACCACAUCCCGAGCAAGUCAAACCGUUUUGCGGAUGCUCUUUCACGGCAUCCGGAACACUGUACCGCAGUCUACUCGACCUUCGAGAUUGACGACGACUUGCGGGACAGCUUCAUCCGUGGCUACCAAGUCGACCCCGAGUUUUACGACAAGUACGCAAAUUGCUCCUCUCCUAAUCCGGCGUCAUUGCACUAUCGGAUCCAGGAGGGGUACUUGCUCGUUCACUCGCGAGGAAAGGAUCUUCUUUCUGUGCCACGAGAUUUACACUUGCGCACACGGCUUCUUGGCGAGUUCCACGACGCUCCCGCCACCGGACACUUUGGAGUCAAUCGUACGAUUGGCCGACUCCGCGAGCGCUUUUGGUGGCCCGAUCUUCUCGACGACACCACACGCUAUUGUGAGUCAUACGAGGUUUACCGACAUUGCAAAUCCCGCAAUCAUCGUCCGUACGGCGAGUUGCGACCGGUACCGGUCCCCCUGUGCCGAAGGGAAGCGAUUGCCAUGGACAUUACCGGCCCGUUCCCCAAGCACAAGACCGAAGUGGAUGGGAUUCUCACAGUCACUGUGGUCGACCGACUCACCAAGUUCGCCAUGUUUUUGCCUUUCCGCUAUCAUGCCAAGGCACUGGAGUCGGGCAAGGUUCUUUACGCCGGUUGGAUUCGAACCAAGGGUUACCUCUAGGAAAUCGUUUGCGACCGCGACACUCGGCUCAUGUCUGAUUUUUGGUUGGCGCUCAUCAAGCGAUGGGGCUCGUCACUUAAGCCCAGU